AUGAAACUAUUGCUUUUGUUUUUCUUAUUAGAGUACUUAGAUUUUGCUCCAUUACCAGCUGCUGAUGCUAAUGCAAAAUUUUCUUAAAAUGACCUUUAUAUUUUAAGAGAAGCAUCUAUUAUUAGGGGAAAUUACAAAGAUGUAGCUUCGUAAUUUAAUGGAGCACUUCUAUCUUCAGCAAGAAAAACUAUUUUUUGGACACUAGGUAUUGAAAAUAGCCCUUUAAGAAAUUUACUGUAUUACUACCCUCCAGAUCCAAAUCUUCAUUAAGGACAUGUAGUUGCCAGACUCGGUGAAUCAAUAAUAGUGGAAUUUUUAUAAGCAUACGAAAUUAAUACUGUAAGGUUUUGGAUGUGGGAUAAUGNACAAUUAAUAUCUUAUUUGUUAAUAUCCUAAUAAUAUUUUAUAUCAUCUUUGGUCUUUGUUCAAGAACUUACUGAGCAAUCCCAAUUUAUUAACUGA